AAUUCAUUAUAUAACCAAUGUUUUAUGUUCUGUAAAGCUUUGAGGAGGCUGCCUGGAAGCUCUGUGGACUGCACAUGAUGAUCAGUGAAUUCAGUGAGAUUAGUUUCUUACCAUCCUGAUGUUUUCUUUCUCAUUUAAGAGACUCUUACUAAUUGUUCUCGUAUCACUGCUGAGUGACGGCGAGGUGGCUGCAGGUGCUCAGUAUUCCUGGAAGGCAAAUUGGAUCAGUAGGUAGCUGUGGUGGUGGAAAACAUCACCUGCACUUAGAUCCCCAAGCAGGGAGGAGUUUGGAGGCCUGGGGUUGUCCUCAUCACUCCUGGUGGGAACAUGCUGAGGUAUUAAAGCUCUGUGAGCCCAUUUAGUGCUUGGAGUGUGUUAAAACCAGGCUUAGGCUUGGCUGGAGAUGAGACAAGGCUCGGUAUUAACAAGGGUCAGAGUGGAUGAUACUUGAGAGAUGCAAUUAACUGGUAAAAGAGCUUCUGUUUCUGUGCCAACACAAUUUGGGAUCUUGCUCUUUUCUCCUCUAAAAAAACUCCUGCUCAGAGCCUUCUUUGAGCUUCUUGACACUCAGAAUUUCCUCUUGUCAUCCCCCCCAGAGUGCAGCUGUAGUUUGUUCAUUGGGGUGAAUUUUGCCAUCAUUCUUCCUCUCUGCAGCCUUGUUUUCCUUCCAAACCCAAGGAAAAACCCUCAGAACUGAACAAACCACACACAGUGUUAGCUCUGUUCUCUGCAAGCACUGCCAACUUCCUCACUGCUGAUUGCAGCUUUUUCUCCCAGGCUGCAGCUAAAACAGGAUUUGUGAGGUGUGUAGGAGAACAGAAUCAAUCCACAAAACCUCUAAAUCAGAACCAAUCCUCAAAAUCAGUGUAAAAAAUCCCCCAAAUCAAAGACCUGGCUGAGUAGCAGGACAAGGUGUGGAUGGACACUGGGGAUGGUGCAAACACUUCAUGGGAGUGUUUUAGGCCUUGAGAGAGGAUCACAGAUGCCUCAUGGAUGUCCCUCUGAAAUAAGCAGGUGGCUCUCCAGAUGCUUGGUAAUAACUCAAUGACCCAUAUCUUCCAGAUAAUCGUUAUGUACCUUCAGGUAUUAGAAUGUGAACGUAACCAACACCUGGUCCAGACCUCAUGGUAAGUUGAUUUUCUUUGUUCUAAGAGACCAGAAGGGGCAGUAGCAGAAAUAUGUCACUUGAGGCACUGGGCAGCAUUGCUCAGCAGUGCUUGGGGUCACCCCAGACAGCUCCACUGUCCUUGGUGUGCCCCAAACUCCUUCCCAAAUGUUGAGCGGCCUCUUAAGUUCGAGGCAGUGUUUUAAUGGUAAGGUAGCUUUCCACCCUGACUUCUCACUUCCCUCCUCUCUGCUCUCACUCUCCAGCUGAAGGGGAAAAGGUUGGGUGGGUUUAGAGUUGUUCCCUUGGGUUCUUCUUCAGGGAAAACUUUGGGUGGAGUUCAAGUCUGUUCCCAGUGCUGGGAAAUGGCUUUUCCCAGGGCCUGGAUCAAAACCUCAGCACAGAUAAAUUUCUUUAUGUGGAAAAUGCAAGAUGUCAGCUUGUAAGCCUGGAUAGAUGGAUAGCCUGGAUUCAUGUUUGCCAAGAAAUGUUCUCUGCCUUGUUGCUCUCACUUAAUAAAUAUUUGCUUGGGGGUGGGAAGCUUCUGUAAAAUUCCACCCCUUAAACUUUACCAAAUAAUGCUUUUUAAACCAUAACUCCUUUUAACAAUACCAAUGGUCUAAAAGAAAACCACCUUUAGUGAAUCCAAAGACCAUAUUUCUGCUGACUGAACUGUCUGGUACUGUGAGCUGUGUGUAGAGAACCAGUUUUGACUUUUCUUUUCUGUACUCUUUUGAUCAAAGGGUAGCCUCUGAGGGUAAGUGACUAAGACUUCUCCUCUGCUGCCCAUGGUGCAGGGAUAGCUGCCGUCUUCAGUCAACCCAAAGCUCUCCAAAGAGAAGGCUGGCUCUAGACAGCAACCUUACUGAAAUGGGACAAUUUGGAAACCUUAUUUCAUGUGCCAAAGAGGAGAUGUGCCUGAAUACUGACUGUUCUCCUGAACUGAUGUUCCCACACACCCUGAUUUCUCCUAUGGCUGACUUUUUACACCAAAAAGAAUUCUGUUCUGGAUGGAAAUGGACCCUUGAAUCCCACUGGAAGCUGAGCUGUGCUGAAGAGGAUUGCAUUUCAUGGGAGAACUGCUCCAGGAGCUGCAGCUUUUGCCAGACCCUGGUUCUGCCCCAUUGCAGGGGAAUGUGUGAACCUAAAAUUCUCUAACUGAGUAUUUCUGAGCACACUGUAUGUUGUCUUGAUGAAAAUAACUUGUUUAUUGCAUGAGAGCAGGCCAGUAGAGAUCCAGCAGCAAAAGUGAAGUUAAAAUUGGUUCUCUUCUCACCACUGAAUUUUCAGCAGUCAGACUUUUUCUGUCACACCUCCCUCCCCUUGAGGGAUUUAUUUUAGUUAUUUCUUUUAUUUUUUUUUCUUUUAGUAAAAUCAUUCAGCUUCUCUUUAGAUUUCCAGGAAUAUAAUGUUGAACUAGUAACUGAGUGCAGAAAUAAAUAGCUUUUGUAGAAGUAAAAUCAAAUCAAAAACCCAGAGAAAAAGAAGCCCAAAGAGCUUUGCAGUGCCUUUCAACCUCCUGCUGUUGUGUUUUUCAGGAAUUACAUGAACGACAGCCUGAGAACAGAUGUCUUUGUGAGAUUCCAACCAGAAAGCAUUGCCUGUGCCUGCAUUUACCUGGCAGCCAGGACACUGGAGAUCCCGCUUCCAAAUCGCCCACAUUGGUUUUUACUGUUUGGAGCCACAGAGGAAGAAAUUCAAGAAAUCUGCUUAAAAAUCUUGCAGCUCUACACAAGGAAAAAGGUGGAUUUAUCUGAUCUGGAAAGUAAAAUAGAAAAGAAGAAAUUGGCUAUUGAAGAGGCAAAGGCACAAGCUAAAGGUCUGGUACCUGAGGGAAUUCCAAGCUUGGAUAACACAUCGGGAUUUUCCCCUAUCCCAAAAAAUGAGUCUCCAAAGGAGGUUAAAGGAAAUAAACCUUCACCACUACCUGUGCAGGCCAUGAAGAAUGCUAAGAGGAAAACAGAGGGAGCCAAGAGAACCAGCUCCAACAGCCCAGUGAAUGGUGUCCAGAAAGGAAGAGAGAGCAGAAGUCGGAGUGGAAGCAGAGAUCAGAGCUACUCCAGGUCACCAUCGAGGUCUGCAUCCCCUAAGCACAGGAAAAGCGAGAGUUACUCCACAUCCAGCGGCUCCAAGUCGCAGAGCCGCUCCCGCAGCCGCAGCGAUUCCCCCCCGCGGCAGUUCAACCACAGCUCUGCCUACAAGGGCUCCAAGGUGCGCAGCUACAAGAAAUCCAAAGACUACAAAUACUCGGCGCACAAGGCGCGCAAGUCCCGCAGCCGCAGCUCGUCGCGCUCCCGCAGCCGCUCCCGCGAGCGCUCCGACCACUCGGGCAAGUACAAGAAGAAAAGUCACUACUACAGGAACCACCGGCACGAGCGCUCCCGCUCCUACGAGCGUGCCGGGCACCGCUACGAGAGGGACAGGGACAGGGACAGAGAGAGGGAGCACCCGGGCCACAGCCGGCACCGGCGCUGAGAGCCGGGCACAGCUGGCACCAGUGCUGAGCUCUGGGCAUGGCCAGCACCCAGGGCACAGCCGGAACCCAGAGCACAGCCGGCACUGCUGCUGAGCUCUGGGCACAGCCACUGAGCUCUGGGCACAGCCAGCACCUGGGGCGCACAGCUGGAACCUGG